AUGGAGAGCAGCGACCGGGACAUGUACCGCCAGUUUCAGGACUGGUGUCUCAGGACUUACGGGGACUCAGGAAAAACCAAGACGGUGACCCGUAAAAAAUACGACCGGAUCGUCCAGCUCCUGAACGGCUCCGAGUCGAGCUCCACGGAUAAUGCCAAAUUCAAAUUCUGGGUCAAAUCUAAAGGCUUCCAGCUCGGCAACUCGGACGAGGUCAGUGGUGGUGCUGGAGGAGGGAAGCAAGUGCUGUACGUGCCAGUCAAAACCACGGAUGGAGUAGGUGUAGAUGAGAAGCUGUCUUUACGGCGGGUGGCCGUCGUAGAAGAUUUCUUUGACAUUAUCUAUUCCAUGCAUGUUGAAACUGGGCCCAAUGGAGAACAAAUCAGAAAACACGCUGGACAAAAGAGAACCUAUAAAGCAAUUUCAGAGACCUAUGCCUUCCUCCCGAGAGAAGCGGUGACACGAUUUCUAAUGAGCUGCUCAGAGUGCCAGAAAAGAAUGCAUUUAAACCCAGAUGGAGCGGAUCAUAAAGAUAAUGGGAAACCUCCAACUUUGGUGACCAGUAUGAUUGAUUACAACAUGCCCAUUACUAUGGCUUAUAUGAAACACAUGAAGCUGCAGCUACUAAAUUCACAGCAAGAUGAGGAUGAAAGUUCUAUAGAAAGUGAUGAGUUUGAUAUGAGUGACUCGACUAGAAUGUCAGCUGUAAAUUCUGACCUCAGCUCAAAUCUGGAGGAGAGAAUGCAAAGUCCUCAGAACCUCCAGGGCCAGCAGGAUGAUGAUUCAGCCGCAGAGAGUUUUAAUGGCAAUGAGACCGUGGGACACAGUUCCAAUGCUUCAGGGGGAACACACUGCAGGGAGAUGGCAGAAACCAACAGUAAUGGCAAAACAAAUCUGGAGCAGGAUGAGCAGCCUCUGAACCUGAGUGACAGUCCCCUCUCUGCUCAGCUGACUUCAGAAUACAGACUAGAUGAUCACAGCAGUAAUGGAAAGAACAAAUACAAGACUCUCCUAAUUUCUGAUCUCAAGAUGGAACGGGAGGCAAGAGAAAAUGGAAGCAAGUCCCCUGCACAUAGCUAUUCAAGCUAUGACUCUGGCAAGAAUGAGAGUGUAGGCAGAGGUGCUGAAGAUCUGUCUCUGAAUCGAGGAGAUGAGGAUGAGGAUGACCAUGAUGAGCAAGAAGAUCCUGAGAAGGUUAAUGAAUCAGAUGGGGUAGAAGCUGAGCGACUGAAAGCUUUUAACAUGUUUGUCAGGCUGUUUGUAGAUGAAAACUUGGACCGAAUGGUCCCAAUCUCUAAGCAGCCCAAAGAAAAGAUCCAGGCUAUCAUUGACUCAUGCAGGCGACAAUUCCCUGAGUAUCAAGAGCGUGCCAGAAAACGCAUACGUACUUACCUCAAGUCCUGCAGGCGGAUGAAAAGAAGUGGUUUUGAGAUGUCACGACCUAUUCCCUCACACCUUACUUCAGCAGUUGCAGAGAGUAUCCUGGCUUCCGCCUGUGAGAGUGAAAGCAGAAAUGCUGCAAAAAGGAUGCGCUUGGAUAGACAGCAGGAUGAGUCUGCUCCAGCUGACAAGCAGUGCAAGCAGGAGCCAGCCCAGGUCACUUACUCAACAUCAGCUGUUUCCAGCACGCAGGAGGUGUUGUACAUCAACGGCAAUGGGACCUACAGUUACCAUAGUUACAGAGGGCUCGGAGGUGGGCUGCUAAAUCUCAAUGAUGCUUCUAGUAGUGAUCUGCAGCCUACCUCCACCACAGCCACAACUCAGCACUGCAUCCCAGGCACCACGAACGUCCAGUCCCCUUCCAGCUCAGGUCCAACAGAUCUCAGUAUGAAGAGGCAGUUAGCAAGCAGCUCUGGAUCCUCCAGUAGUUCCAGCUCCAGGCCCCAGCUGAGUCCGACCGAAAUAAACGCAGUGAGGCAGCUGGUGGCGGGGUACCGAGAAUCAGCCGCGUUUUUAUUGCGCUCUGCAGAUGAACUGGAAAACCUUAUUUUGCAGCAGAACUGAGUCAUGUGACCUUCACACCGGCCUGGUCUUAUCUCAGAAUUUCCACUAAUGACAUUUUGAUUUCCCAGAGCACACACUUCAGUUACUGCACAGUCUUUUAGGAGAGUUAAUUACCAUAAUGCCACACUGUUCUUGAUCCAUAAAGUGAUGUGUUAAGGUGCUUCAAGUGAACUUCGACCUCUGGUGUUUCCGAGGUACUUUACUGUGUCCAGGCUAUUGCUUUUGUUUUAGUGUGUCAGCAUAAAUAUCG